GGGAGGAGAUUGAUCAAAGGCUUCACGCACAACCGAGCCGCCGAAUGCUAUUAAAUAUCCCGCCCUUUCGGUGUUUAACUCGUGAGUGACAACCACAUGAACUAAUCAGAGAAAAGAAGAUUUGCGGAAUUUUACAGGGUUACCGCCUGUAGCUACACUGGGAAACUACAGAUACCACACUGGGCUGCUUCUGCCUGCCUGCCUGCCUGAGCUGAACAAAGAUAAUCACUCAGGAAACGUUUCAGCCAAUCAGCUGUGGCCUUACAUCCUGCCGGCGAAUAGGAGCCACUCAGGGUCUGGCUUCUAUCAGACGGCCUUGAUCACCGAGCCUGAAGUGCCAAGCCCACUCUGCUCAGUGCGAGGACUGAGACUGUCCUCCAUGUUGUUUAAGCAUUGACAUAACACUGUGUUAGCCAUGCAUCCACAGAGGUCUGUCGACCAGCCAUGUCGUCAACAGAGGGCCAGGAAUGGUCACCUCAGCCGAAGACAGUCUUUCUGUGGGCACCCGAGCCAGGCUAUUUGGAAAAGAAGAAGGCAUUUAGUGCUCGUCUUCCUGGUUUUUGGACGUAUGACGAGUGUCAUCUUUAAAGAUAUAGACAGCAUAUAUGUAUUUGAAGGCAGAAAAGGACCAUUUAUGCAGGAAGGACUAUUUUAUCUGUGAGAAAUUCCCCCUGCAUUGCAGAGGGGUGUCUGUGAGGGAGAGCACAGCAGUGAGCUGUGUUGUCCAAUCAGAUCCCUCCGUGCCGCACUCAGACCAAUCGCAGCGGCAGCCGAGGUUACAGAUUGACGAUCGCCGUGGAGCUGCGAGGGAGAGCAAGGCCCUUCUGGAAAAUUCUGCACCCUUCUCUGUUUUCAUCCCUCUGCCAUCCAAUAUUUCUAAGGCCCCAGCUGAAGAAUUUGUGUUGUAUACUCUGUGCCUUAAGACAAGUUUGGCCGAGGAGGAGAUUAAGCAGGAGUCGGAUGUGGGAGAGGGGAUGGACAUCUCCACACGUUCCAAAGUUUCAGAUCUGGGAUCAGUUGAAGGGUCAGCUCAGAAACGCAAGCUGCCCAGCCCCCCACACUCCUCCAAUGGGCACUCGUCCUCAGAAACCUCACCCAGCCCCGUCAAAAAGAAGAAGAAACCGGGCCUUGUCAACAACAGUAAAGAGCAGUCAGAGCUAAGACACGGUCCCUUUUACUAUGCGAAGCAGCCACUCACAGAGCCUGUUGAUGUUGUGCCGCAGGACGGGCGGAACGACUUCUACUGCUGGGUGUGCCACCGCGAGGGCCAGGUCCUCUGCUGUGAGCUCUGCCCUCGGGUCUACCACGCCAAGUGUCUCAAACUGGCCGCUGAGCCCGAGGGCGACUGGUUCUGUCCCGAGUGUGAGAAAAUAACAGUGGCUGAGUGCAUAGAAACUCAAAGUAAAGCGAUGACCAUGCUAACAAUAGACCAGCUGUCUUUUCUGCUCAAGUUUGCACUUCAGAAGAUGAAACAGCCUGGCACAGAACCAUUUCAGAAGCCUGUGUCUCUUGAGCAGCACCCGGACUACGCUGAAUACAUUUUCCAUGCCAUGGACCUUUGUACCUUAGAGAAGAAUAUCAAAAAGAAAAUGUAUGGCUGUACGGAGGCGUUUUUGGCUGAUGUAAAAUGGAUCUUGCACAACUGCAUCAUUUAUAAUGGAGGUAAUCACAAGCUGACAGCAACAGCUAAAGUCAUCAUUAAAAUAUGUGAACAUGAAAUGAAUGAAAUUGAAGUCUGCCCUGAGUGCUAUCUGUCAGCUUGCCAAAAGAGGGAAAACUGGUUUUGUGAGCCAUGCAGUAACCCCCACCCCCUGGUGUGGGCCAAGCUCAAAGGCUUUCCGUUCUGGCCAGCCAAGGCCAUCCGGGACAAGGACGGCCAGGUGGACGCUCGCUUUUUUGGGCAGCAUGACCGGGCUUGGGUCCCUUUGAACAACUGCUACCUCAUGUCUAAAGAGAUCCCUUUUUCUGUGAAAAAGACCAAGAGCAUCUUCAACAGUGCAAUGCAAGAGAUGGAGAUCUAUGUGGAGAACAGCCGCAAAAAGUUCGGCGUUUUCAACUACGCCCCCUUCAGGACACCGUACACACCUGACAACCAGUUCCAGAUGCUGCUGGACCCCUCCAAUCCGUCUGUGGGCUCCGUCAAGCCCGAAAAGCAGGAGAAGAUCAAGUUCAGCUUUGACAUGACGGCCUCUCCCAAGAUCCUCCUGGGCAAGAGCGCGUUGCCAGGCAGCGGAGGGCGGCGGGUGUCCCUGACGGACAUGCCCCGCUCUCCCAUGAGCACCAACUCCUCGGUCCACACGGGCUCUGACGUGGAGCCGGACACCACGGAGAAGGGUGGAGGCAAAGCUGUGUCCAGCCACCUCAGCGCUGGGGAGGAGUCCAUGGACUGUGCAGCUUCUCCUGCCCCCACUAAGACUGGUCCUACAGGCAGCGUGACAGACAGCCCCAAGCCCUUCUCCCCUCAGGCACCCGCUCCUAUUGUUCCCAAGCAGGAGAGGACAUCCACCACCGGCAGCAUCCUCAACCUCAACCUGGAUCGGAGCAAGGCGGAGAUGGACCUGAAGGAGCUGAGUGAGAGUGUGCAGCAGCAGCACGCCGUGCCGGUGGUGCUCACCUCUCCUAAGAGACAGAUCAGGAGCCGCUUUCAGCUCAACCUGGACAAGACCAUUGAGAGCUGCAAAGCACAGCUGGGGAUUGAUGAGAUCUCUGAAGACGUGUACAAGGGCGUGGAGCACAGCGAUUCGGAGGACUCCGAGAAGUCCGACUCCAGCGACAGCGAGUACGCGAGUGAGGAGGAGCAGAGGACGAAGAGGGGCGAGCCCGAGGCCGAGGACAAAGGCGACAAGGCCGACAAGGACUCCAAGAGGAAGGCCAGAGCGCCCUCUGCGGACGACGACAAGGAGAGCGGGGCGGAGGGCCCCGCCGAGGCCCCGCCCCCGACCCCGGCCGGCGAGAAGAGAUCCGCCGAAUCGCCGGCGAAGGAGAAGCCCGGCGGCGCCGGCGACGGAGACAAGGAGCCCGCGGAGACGGCCAGGCCGCCACAGGCCGCCGCGACGAAGGACAAGCUCCAGGCGAAGGAGGGGAGCCCGCAGCCGGCCCCCGACGAUCAGGACGUGGACUCGGACUCGGAGCGCAAGCUCGUCAUCGACUUCGAGGGAGACCAGGCCAGCCAGGAGCGCAAGAAGAGCAAGAAGGAGUCCGCUGGGGCUGGAGACCCCAAAGAGGCCCCCGCUGCCAAACCUGAGGGUAAAGCUCCUGCACCCUCCAGUGCAGUUCCAUUGCCACCUAUCGAAGCAGCUUCCUCCACCCCAAGCGUCAAAGACCCCUCCCAGCCGCCCAUCACCAUCCCCCUCAACAUGGUCUCCUUCACGGCAUCCGCCCUCCUGCCUAACGCCCCGUCCACCGUGAAGAAACAGCGCCCCCUGCUGCCCCGGGAGACCGCCCCUGUGGUGCAGCGCGCUGUGGUGUGGAACCCCACCACCAAGUUCCAGACCUCGUCCCAGAAGUGGCACCUGCAGAAGGUGCAGAGGCAGCAGCAGGGCCAGCAGCCGGCUGCGCAGACGCAGGGAAGCCCUCAGCAGCUGACGCAGACGCAGUCCCAGACGCCUGCCCAAACGCAGUCCCUCGCGGCCGCGUCGCUGCAGCAGUCCCCCAGCACGCGCUACCAAACGCGGCAGGCGGUGAAAGCCGUUCAGCAGAAGGAUGCCCCUCAGCCCACUCCCACCACGGCCGUGACCUUGGUAACCACCACUCCAGCUGUGCCCAUGAUUGCUGCCCCCUUGACGGUCAACACACCCUCGUCCUCCGGGGACUUCCAGAUCGCCACCACCUCCGCUGACGUCGCAGCGGACAUAGCCAAGUACACCAACAAAAUUAUGGACACAAUUAAAGGUACAAUGACAGAGAUGUACAAUGACCUCUCUAAGAGUACAUCGGGAAAUACUGUAGCAGAGAUUCGGCGUUUGAGAAUCGAAAUUGAGAAACUGCAGUGGUUGCAUCAGCAAGAGCUUUCAGAAAUGAAGCACAAUUUAGAGCUGACCAUGGCAGAGAUGAGGCAGAGUCUGGAGCAGGAGAGAGAGCGUCUGGUGGCUGAGGUGAAGAAGCAGAUGGAGGUGGAGAAGCAGCAGGCGGUGGAUGACACUAAGAAGAAGCAGUGGUGCGCUAACUGCAGGAAGGAGGCCAUCUUCUACUGCUGCUGGAACACCAGCUACUGCGACUACCCCUGCCAGCAGGCCCACUGGCCCGAGCACAUGAAGUCCUGCACACAGUCGGCGACGGCCUCUCAGCAGGAGUCUGAGACGGAGGCAGCCACAGACGCUACGAGCAAAGCCUCCGGACAGCCAGCCAGCGGCCAGUCGUCCCCGACAGAGGCCGCCACGGCGCCUACAGACACAGACUGCAGCCUGGAGAAAAGCAAAGACAGCAGCAGCGCCGUCAGCGUGUCCUAACGUCCGUCUCACAGCACUCAUCCUUCUGCACGCGCUCAGUGUCUGCGCCCUAACCUCCGUCUGACAGUGCUUAAACCUUCCUAAUGGACUCGGUAACCCUAUCCAAACCUCUGUACCACAGCGCUUAACCUUCCUUAAGGUCUCCGUAUCAGUGCUUCCUGUUCAUCAGGCAACACUGUUAGCGUAGCCUAACCCCUGUCGCACUGCACUGAGCAUCCCAAUGCCUCCUGCUCAUCGACCCUGGCUUUGUAAAAUAAAAAGUAUCGGUUUUUAUACAAACUAAACAAAAUGGGUCCUGCUCAGUCCUGGGCAACACCCUCCCUUCCAUUCGUUACACAGGUGUGUUCCGCUGUUAUUGGCAGCUGCAGCAGACAUAACGGUGGAGGAGCUGGUGAUCUAUCCACUGCCUGAAGCAGCAGUCUCAGGUGUGACCGUAGAAGGGCCGUGGUUCAAUUCUACCAGGCCUCUCGGACCCUUCCACACUCCAGACCUCAUACUCCAAAACUUAGGGGAAAUAAUUCUGUAUUCCACAGGGGGAGGAGUGUGUCUGUCCCACUCAAAAAGGAGAAGAUAAAGCAGAGUGAGAGAUGUGGCACUGAAGCACAUCUGUGCAGUGCCCUCUCACAGUAAAGCGAGAAAAUUGACACUUUUCACCUACAGUGAGGAGUCUGUGUUUCCUUAGGUUUCUUGCUCAGGGUUCUUUUGUUAUUUUGGCAUGAAACCUGAUAUGUGGACUCUGGAGGUCUCUCCCAGAGAACGGCUCGCCCACCUCCUGGCAUUCGAGGGCACCUCUGAUUGUCGGGACAGGGAUUACGGUGUUACUGAGGCUUCUUUACUUCACUCUUUCCCAAACUGUGUAUAAGCUGUCAAUGGGCUAAAGCAAUCAGAGAGCUGUAUCUAAUGGAAAUUUACAUAUGUAGCAAAAAUAAUUAUCCCAUGUCUGAAUUUUAACUGACCCCCAACACAUUCUUAGCAUUUAAUAAGUGCAUAAAAACUUUAGCUAAAGGUACCAGCAUCACAGACUAGUACCAUUACCUUCCAAAGAACUCUCAAAUAAUGACUCAGUCUAAGUACACAUACAGUAUAACAUACUCUGUACAUAAGCACACAUCCUAGAUCUGUUUUAAGUUAUUUAUUUUAAAUUAUACACAAUAUAGUGGAAAAUGUUACUGUGUAAUUGGCAGUGAUUACUAUGUAAAGAUGCCUUUUGCACAGUGGAUGAGUUGUAUUUUGAAACCGAAGUUUUAUAUGAUAUGGUACCGAGACCAAGUGAUGUGAUGUAUGAGAGCGAGAAUUUCACCUUGUCUUUGUUUCCUUUUUUUUCCUUUUUUUACUGUCAUGUAAAAUAUUAUUGAUUUAUAUUCAUACUCUUGUUUUAUGAUGCAGUAGAAACAAAUAUGUAGACCUAUAUCUUAAAUUAUACAUAGAAUUUAAUGCAGAGUGAUUCAGAAUUGUAAAUUUUUUUAUUAAAAAAUGAGAUAUGAACAACUGUUAUUCUUUACAAAGCUUAUGCACUUCUCAGUGCAUACUUUUCUGCCUUUUAAACAAUGUAUAAGAGUUGUACCUCCCAGGUAAUAGAGCUCUCGUUCAUGAGCUUCUGGAAAUUGUGGGAGGAAAAUAAAACGGCAAAAGGUUAGCUGAUGCCUUUUUUAAAACUGUAGGUAUAGAACUACAAGAUCAGACGCAUGCACGUCCUUUCCAGUGUAACAUGCUGAAUUAAUGCACAUAUAAAGUCCAGUAUGACUGCCCAGCUUGCGUAUGUUUGACUGAUGCUUUCAGUGGAAUGUCUGAUCUAGUAUUUCUAUUUCUGCGGCCUUGACCACAAACUGUCAUCUUCGGUCUGAGCCAACUCUCAAAGCUCUGUUGUAUUGACUGUUAAUAUGUGUUUUUGUGUGAUGGUAUGAUUCUUCCCAACAGACAAAAGAGGGAAAAGGAAAAAUAAAAAAGGUGACUGUAUAUUUCUUUGUGAGCAAA